AAAUUUGCUAUCAGUCACAAUGACCGAGAGCUUCCUUGGCGCUCCCUUGGGUAGCCCACCCUUUUUUUUUUUUUUUUUUUUCCCGCUUAUGUGCAACAGCAAGCUUCCUAUUCAUACCUUGAUAAUGCCAGUUGCUUGAGCUUACACAAUGCUUCUAGAUUUCUCCUCAAAGUCGAUGCAAAGCUUUAGAUAUUUUCUUCAUCAAUUCCAAAGCUUCAAAGCUUAGAUAUUUUCUUCAUCAAUUACAAAACUUUACUUGCUGUCCAAAUAUAUAAUUCUAAAAACCAAAAUCAAUGUUGAAUGUCCUUCAUAUUGAACACAUGUUAUUUAGUGGUUGAUUGAUGCCGAAUAAAUUGUGCUCUCUCUCUGUUCUUUCUCUCUCUCUCUCUCUCUCUGUUUUAUAUAAAUAGCAGCCUUGGAAUUUAACCAGCACCUCCAAGUGAGAAAUAUAGUAAAUUACAUAUAUAAUGGAAAAGACCAAGGAAAACCAUAGAGUUUGUGUAACUGGGGCUUCUGGAUUUAUUGGUUCUUGGUUGGUUAAAAGGCUCCUGGAGAAGGGUCAUGCUGUUCAUGCCACUCUGAGGAACUUGGAGGAUGAAUCGAAAGUAGGUCUUCUGAAGUCUCUGCCUCACGCAGACACCAAGUUAUCGCUAUUCCAAGCUGAUAUAUACAAUCCCGUGGAUUUUGAUCCCGCAAUUAAAGGGUGCGAAUUUGUUUUCCAUGUGGCCACUCCCAUGCUACACAACUCUCAAAGCUCUCUGAUCUUAAAAAACUUGCAGUACAAGGACACAGCCGAAGCUGCCAUAGCUGGGGUUAGAAGCAUUGCUGAUUCUUGCAUUCGAUCGCAGACCGUCAAGCGACUCAUCUACACCGCCAGCUGCAUGUCGGCAUCACCGGUCACUGAUGAUGGCGUUGGCACCAAGUCCUGUGUUGAUGAAUCCUGUUGGACACCUCUUAAUGUUUCAUUUACUUAUCUCAAUGAUUUUCUUUUGGAAAGUGAUGGUAUUGUUUUCUGGAUGUUUAUGAAGGGAUAUACAAGAUCAAAGACACUGGCAGAGAAAGAAACUUUAAGCUACAAUGAAGUUGAUAAUGGUAAACUAGAGGUGGUAACAAUUCCUUGUGGAGUUGUUGGGGGAGAUCAAACUCUUCUUCCCUAUCUUAAUUCAACUGUGGAAACACUUUUGUCACAACUCAGUGGGAAUUUAUCGGGUUACAAUUCAUUAAAAUGUGUGCAAGAAAUUACAGGUUCAAUUCCUCUUGUACACCUUGAAGAUGUUUGUGAAGCACAUAUCUUCUGCAUGGAACAACCUUCAUUGAGAGGCAGAUAUUUCUGUUCAGUGGUCAAUCCGACUCUCAAAGAAAUUGCUCUUUACGUCCAAGAAAACUACCCGGAAUACAAGAUUGCUGAAGAGGGGGGAGCAGAGAAAGGAAUUGUACAUGAUUUCACCAAGUUGACCAACAUGGGUUUUGUAUAUAAAUAUAGGAUGGAGAAGAUAUUGGAUGAUUGCAUAAGAUAUGGAAAACGAUUUGGAGCUCUUUAAUUGAUCACCACUCCAACGUAAGGGAAUCCUAAAGAUAAUUAUUCAUAUAUGUGGCAAAAUUGCCGUGCGUUUUCUCUUUUCAGUACGUAAUCAAAUGUUGAUAUUCUUCUUUUUGAUUGCAGCCACCCCUUCUGCACGAAAAAUCUUUUUGUUUUUAUAUGAUGACACUCCCACCGUGUGAUUUUUUUAAUUACGCCAUGUGAUUUUGUCUUAUGUGUGAUUUGGUUACACUCCAUGUGAUUGCUUUAAUUGCGCUAUGUGAUUUUGUCUUAUGUGUGAUUUGUUUA